UCCUCAGACCUGAUGCAUUCCGCCCACAUUUCUCUUAAAAUGGAGUGGGUGCUCCCUGGUUGAGGACAAUUGAGUUUUUCCAAAGUCUUAAUUUUUUUUUUCUCACUUUGAGUGCGUGCUGAGUGCGUUUUGAUCAAGUCUCAGAGGGAAGAAGAAGAUUGAAAAUGUUUUGGACGGUCUUCGUCGCUCUUUUAAUGGCGACAGAGUCCACUCUGGCCGUCUCGGUCAAAUGUCCUGUCAAGAGACAUGUUGUCAUUCUCUUCCAACCUGCCAUUCUCAAAUGUGACUUCACAACAACAGCCACUCAGGCCCCUAUUAUAACAUGGAAGUACAAAUCCUACUGCCGGGACCCGAUCCAGGCAUCGUUGAACCCCAGCAGCGCGGAGAACGUCUUGGCUCAGAACAACCCCAACUAUAACCCCAACAUCGAGUGUGCUGACAGCGAGAGAACAGUCCGCAUUGUGGCAUCAAAGCAGGCCGAUGCCAUUACGCUUGGCGACCAUUACAGUGGGCGCAAGAUCAGCAUCUUAAACAAGGCAGACCUUAACCUCGCUGAGACUGCAUGGGGGGAGAGCGGCGUCUACGUCUGCUCUGUGACCUCAUCUCAGGAUCUUUCAGGAAAUGGUGAAGACUUCACAGAAGUACUUGUGCUUGAAAGAAAGUCAAAUACUACUGACCUCCUGCCUGGCAUUGACUUACUGGUUAUGGAAGACUGGCUCCUGGUUCUUCUGGUGGUUCUGGGCUUCCUAUUUCUCCUUAUGCUGAUCGGGAUCUGCUGGUGCCAGUGUUGCCCACACACAUGCUGCUGCUACGUCAGCUGUCCCUGCUGCCCAGAACGCUGCUGCUGUCCACGAGCAUUGUACGAGGCAGGAAAAGCAGUGAAGAAAGGCAUACCCAGUCAGUAUGCUCCCACACUCUAUGGGCAAGGUAUGUAUGCUCAGCCUGUGUACGGCGGCUCACAGGGUAACCAGUCCGCCAUUCCCCUGCUCCCCGUACCCAACGGAGGUGGACCUCCCCAACACCAUUACGGCCAUGAGUACGAUGGGGCCAGCUCAGUGGGUCAGGGGUCCCAAGUGCCUUUGCUGCAGGACGGUGGAGUAGACCACACUCGUAGUGGUUAUCGUAUCCAGGUGGACCCACAGGGAAAUGCAACCCGUGCCAUUUACUACAUGGAGAAGGAGCUGGCCUCAUUAGACCCAUCCAGACCUGCUAACUACAGUCGCUUGGAUAAUAUGAGCACAGUCAGCUCCCUGCAUGACAGCGCGGAACCCCGAGGCCGCGGGGGUCGUCCUCCUAUGCCCACACUUUAUGACCAAGAUGAAGCCAUGAGCACCAUCAGCAGCGUUUCCCAGCAAGGCCGACACCGUGAUGACUACCCACGCCGUGGUGGAGGUCCCGUGGGCGGCCAUGUCCGUUCCCGCUCCAUGGACAACCUUGAUGACAUUGGACGACGGGACAGACCUGAUUACCCGCCGCACAGAGGCCCAGAUGGGCCCAGACAGAGGAGAGGCUCUGAUGAUGAGUGGAGCAGCAGCGCUCGCAGCGGCUACGAUCGCGACUAUGAUGACCGGAGACGCCGGGACUACUCCCCCGAGGAUCGCAGAAGAAGAGACGGAGGAGCCCAGAGCGGCCUUGCGGGGCGCCGCAGCCACAGCCGCGACGACAUCAUGGAGAUGGAGAGGGAUCGGAGGUAUGGCGGUGGCGCAAGGGGGGCCCGGGAAGAUUACGACGACGGCCUCCUGCGAGAGGCCAUGGAGAGGAAACGGCUGGGCGAGCAGCAGAGGGCACGCAGCCAGGAGCGACUGGAUAGCCAGAGUGACCGCUCAGACUGGGGAAGGGGUCCACGUGGGCCCCCACCACUUCCUGUGAGCCCACCUUCAGGGUAUCCUGAUCGCCGAAAUGAUUACCCACCCCCUCAACCGCCGUCAUACAGUGACAAUGAGAGCGAGUUAUCAAGGAAAACGAACCUCCGCAAAAAUGGAGCUGUGAGCCGGGAGAGCCUGGUUGUGUAAACCGAACAUCUUGAAUGCGACUUUAACCUAUCAAAAAAGAUUCAGUUGGUUUCUAACAUUGUAUAUAUUACUCCCUCUUUUUAUCUGAUGUCCUGAUUUUUAUGUUUGAUAACUGAUUAUUUUAUGUUCGAUAUAAUAUGAAACCAUUUUAUCAAGGAGCUACAAAUCUUUGUCUUUUUUUAUGUAUAAACAAAUGUGGCUGCCACAAGUGCCUUAAUGUGUACAGAGUUAUAAUUCUAGAUCUUCAGUCCUUUUUAACCGACCGCCUUUCUUGUUAGUGUUUUUGCAUCUUGACAAGUCCAGCUAAACAUGCUACAGUUUGGUGUCAUUGCUUUGAACUUUUGAUCAGUUUCAGUUACCUUGCAUGUGUUCAUGUAGAUUAAGAGUUCUCUGCUGUUAUGUACUUUAUUUUUUUUGUACUUGUGAUUUUAAAAAAAAUGAAAUUAUGAAAAUUUAAAUGUACUUUUUGCUUUUAAUCUUUAGUCGUAUAACUGUUUUUAGAGACUUGCAGAACAAAGUACUAAUAGAAAAACUUUUUUUUCCUUCUUUAAGAGAUGCCUAUAGUAUGCUGUACAGCUGACUGCUUUUAUGCUUCAAUUAUGCAAAUGUUAUGUCAUAAAAUGUAAUUUUACAUUAAAGAUACAAUUUUUACUAGUCUG